UGGCAGGGGUUUCUAUACUCUUACCAUACGUUUUCUUCUUCUCAAGUCUUAACACUUUAAAGCAGAGAAAGAUCGAUAGAGUAAGAUAGAUCGAGAGAGAGGGUCAAAGAUUAGAGAAUAGAGAAUUAGAGAUCGAUUGAUUGUCAGAGAUUCUCAGAGAAACAUCAAGGCCAGAGUACAAUCAAAUCCUUGUGAAGAAGCCUGGUGGUAGUGACUUCUGCGGAAAUUAGGAUUUGGGUUCAUUCAUACUCAGUAAUUUACAGAAACAAACUUUCGCAAUUUACUCUAUGGCUGAGAGACAGCAAACUGAUCAGCAACUGCAAUCACCGCAGCAAGGUGAAGAUAUGACUGCUUGUGUAGAGUCAUUAGAAGCUGCCUUGCUUCCAUGCUUGCCUGCAAGAGAGCUGCAAGCAAUAGAUCGUUCUCCUCAUCCUUCUCACCAAAUUGACGUGGAGAGACAUGCAAGAGAUUUCAUGGAAGCUGCCAAGAAACUGCAAUUGUAUUUUAUUGGACUGCAACAUGAAGAGCUCCCCACGAAAGAAGCAACUCUUCGAAAGGAUAUUGCAGAAAUGGAAGAAGAGAUGAGGACCAAGACACAGCUGAUAAAGAAGCACGAGAAACUAAUCCUAGGGUGGAGGAAAGAGUUGAAAGACCAGCUUGAUAAACACAUUACUGAGCUGGAAAGAGUCUAACUGUCCCACUGAAGCAAACUCCAUGUUUUGUCCAAAGGUGUUGAUGAUGUGGUAAGAAUGAACAGGAAGAAAAUGAAAUCUAAAAUGAAGUACUCCCUCCGUCCUAGUUUACUUGCUUAAAUUGGGCAUUUUUUUUGUCCUAAUUUAGUUACUAAGUUUCAUAUUUUCCCCUAUUUUAGCUUAAUUUACCCCUAUGUUGGAAUUAGGUAAUACUCCUCUCUCUAUUAGACCAAAAACUAGAUGCAUCUUAAAUACUAUUGAGGGGAUAAUUUUGGAAAAAAUUCUCCUCUCUAUUUUCCUUAAUGUGUGUGCAAAAACCAUUUUAAGCAAGUAGGACGGAGGGAGUAUAAAACACAACACAUCUAAUGGAACACUACAAGUUCACAAUAAUGUUGAAUCUGCAGCAUACAAGAACAUAUGAGAUUAUUGCAAAAGAAACUAUUACUAGGUUAAAGCAGCAAGAAAAAAAUGAAUGACGUGCAAUCUAAAGUCUGAAAGUUCAGAACAAAUGUACAUUCACAGCUCUACUAUGGAAUUGAUUUUUACUUUAUGAUUCCUUUGCUAA